AUGAAAGUGUUUAUUACUGGCGGAACGGGUUUCAUUGGCUCUGCUGUGGUUUCUGAGCUUCUCGAGUCUGGUCAUAGAGUCAUAGCGCUGGCAAGGUCGGAAGAGUCUGCUAAUAAAUUGAGAACAUUUGGCUCUGGAGUUGAUGUGCUUUACGGCGAUCUGAACGACCACGAGUCCCUAAAAAAGGGUGUAACGCAGUCCGAUGGCGUUAUUCAUCUUGGGUUCAUACAUGAUUUUAGUAGGUUUGAGGAAUGCUGCAAAAUUGAUCAGACGGCCGUUCUUUGCAUGUUAGAAUCGAUGCGCGGCACCAAUAAACCUUUUGUUUACGCGAAUGGGCUAUUAUGGCUACCAGAAGGUCGACUUUGCGAUGAAGACAUUAGGAGGGAUCCAGAAGUUCAAGUUACCCGCGCUAUCACAGAGGAAUUAAUCCUGGGGUACCAAGACAAAGGCGUCAAAACAAUGAUCAUAAGAUUAGGAGCAUCUGUUCAUGGGAAAGGAGAUCAUGCAUUUAUUCCUUCUCUUAUUGAAAUUGCGAGAUCUUCGGGAAAUUCGGCGUAUAUCGGAGAUGGACAUAAUUCCUGGCCAGCAGUUCAUCGUCUCGAUGCAGCACGUUUGUUCAGUAUAGCCUUGGAACAUGGAAGUGCUGGCGGGGUGUAUCACGCUGUUGCCGAAAGUGUCUCAACCAAAAGCAUAGCUCAGGCUAUUGGCACAGGUUUAACUUUACCUCUCAUUUCUGUGCCUCCUGAGGAAGCUUCAAAACAGUUCAGUUUCAUGACAAUGUUUCUAUCGAGAGAUGUUCAAGUCUCAAGUGAAAAAACUCGCACUGAGUUACGUUGGUAUCCGAGGGAGAUGGGUCUCUUGGAAGAUAUGCGCGCCAACUACAUUUGA